AUCUUUAUAUUAGACACGCCUUAGACCAAGAUCGAUGGUUGUGUAGAUGAAUGACGGGGAGAAUAAAUGGAACCAUAUUCUGAUGUGAUAGCGAACCAGCCCGUUGUGAUAGACAACGGGUCUGGAGUAAUUAAGGCAGGUUUUGCUGGAGACCAGGUGCCAAAAUAUCAUUUUCCUAAUUUUAUUGGUCGCCCUAAACAUGUACGUGUCAUGGCAGGAGCUUUGGAAGGGGAUGUCUUCCUGGGUCCUGAUGCUGAGGAACACCGUGGCUUGUUGACGAUACGAUAUCCAAUGGAGCAUGGUAGUGUGAAAGAUUGGAAUGACAUGGAAAGAAUCUGGCAGUAUAUUUAUUCUAAGGACCAACUACAGACAUUUUCAGAAGAGCAUCCAGUGUUACUGACAGAAGCACCAUUAAAUCCAAGAAGAAAUAGGGAAAAAGCAGCAGAAAUUUUCUUUGAAACGUUUAAUGUGCCAGCGUUGUUUAUCUCCAUGCAAGCUGUACUAAGUCUGUAUGCUACAGGUAGGACCACAGGUGUUGUAUUGGAUUCUGGUGAUGGGGUCACUCAUUCUGUACCCAUCUAUGAGGGUUUCGCAAUGCCUCACAGUAUUAUGAGGUCAGACAUUGCUGGCCGAGAUGUGACACGUUACCUACGGCUUCUCUUGAGGAAGGAGGGUUACAACUUCCACACAUCAGCUGAGCUAGAAAUUGUUAAAACCAUUAAAGAGCGUGCUUGUUACUUAUCUAUUAAUCCUUUAAAAGAAGAGUCAAUGGAAGCAGAGAAGUCACAAUAUACAUUACCAGAUGGCAGUUCAAUAGAGGUAGGCCCAGCGCGGUUUAGGGCGCCUGAGCUUCUGUUUAGACCUGACCUGAUUGGUGAAGAGUUUGAGGGAAUACAUGAAGUGCUGGAGUACUCUAUACGCAAAUCUGAUAUGGACCUAAGGCGCACACUUUUCUCCAACAUAGUGUUGUCUGGAGGUUCAACACUGUUUAAAGGUUUCGGUGAUCGGCUGCUUAGUGAGGUUAGGAAACUCUCUCCCAAGGAUAUAAAAAUUAGGAUUUCUGCUCCCCAGGAAAGAUUAUAUUCCACCUGGAUAGGUGGAUCGAUCCUAGCUUCCCUCGACACUUUCAAGAAGAUGUGGGUGUCUAAACGCGAGUAUAACGAAGAGGGAGUGAAGGCCAUUCAUAGAAAGACAUUCUAGCCCAACCAAGCUACAGUGUUAUUGUAUGGCUUGUGACAAAUUAUGAACAUGUACAUACCAGGUGUAUUUAUAUACAGAGCCAAGAUCACAUUGCUGGCUGGGAACAUUGAGGAGCUUAAGUCUGGAUGGAUACCAUAAGGGAAGGUCUAGAAGAUUUUCAACAUUUGAAAUGAAAAAUUAUAUAUUAAACCUAAUUUAUGUUGGUUUAUUUGUAUUUCGCUGAAGAGGAAUAUGCUGAUGAAUUCUUAAAUAUCUACCAAUUUCUGCAAUUUAUUUUCGCUUUUUAUUUCGUAAAAAAAAAAUCAGAAUUCAAAAACAGCUUUUCCAAAAAAUUCACAAUCCUUGUUUCUUUUGUGAAAAAAUUAAUCAUUGCAGUUUAAAGCUUGUAGUUUGUUGAUAAAUGUACCCGGUGCACCAGCAUUAUCUACACAGUUGGCUUUUAGUCGGAAUGGUUCUGUUGAUUGAGGGACUCAUACAGCUGUGAUAGGAGUUGGGAGACUGUACCUGGGGCCAUUCUAUGAAGAGUGUUUUUCCUGUGUUAACAAGACAAUUCUGUCCCGGGGCACUGCGAACAUCUCUACGGAAAUCUCAAAACGUAUAUUUGGUUACGAUGCUGCAAUAUCAUUUCAUGUAUUACAUGUUGUAUCCAAAAAACUAUUUCGAUUAAUCAACAUGGAUAACAAAAUUUGAACACCUCAGUUACAUGCAUGAGGCGGCCAGACCUGUGAAGUAAUACAAAGUGAUUAAACAAUAGAUUCAAAUAAGCUAUUGUUCAUGGGGAAUUUACUGACCCAUGUCCGAGAGAAGGAGUAUAAAGUACACGAUAAAAAAUGUUGAGGUUACAUUCAGUUCAGCAUUUGCUGGGCAUAAAUCCUGUGUAGAUACAAAAACAGGAAAAUGUUCUAAGUUUAAUUUCGCUACAAGCAACUGUGUUCCAUCAUUACCAUCAACAAAACAAUACUCCUUUCGCUUUUCAUUUUGUUGAUAUGAAGUUGUUAUGUGAUGUCAGUGCUAAUCAUCUCAAUGUGUGUACUACAUCAUUGUAUAAAUCAAUUCUUACCUUCCAUCCCUUAUAAAAGGGUUUAGUUUGAUCCAGAUAAAAAAUGGGUUAUACCAACUCCAUGUCUAGGGGUUGGUGCCCCGUUAUAUGGAAACUGAGAUUCUGUUGAAGCAUUAAUUGAUUUCGUUCCUUGACAUCACUUGUUCAUUUAAGAUGUGUUCUCAGAGACAGUUGGUGUCAAAUAGGUUUAUUAACAAUGAUUGUAUGUCAAGGUUGGGAAGAAAAACUUAUUUAAGCGUGAGUCCAAUUCUAUUUAAAUUAAAUGAUAUAUUUAUUAUGCAUGAAUGCUUUUGAAGAUUUUAUAACGUAGUAAUCAUGACACCAUUGACCAAGGCUGGAUUCGUACAUUGUCAGAAAUGUUUUUUUGUUCCUCAUAUUAAAACACUAAAACACUAGUAGUUUGUAGCAUUCAUAUUUCGAGUAGAAUAAGGUGGUUGUUUUUUUUUUUUUUUUUUUUUUAUAUUCUUAAUUCUUGUCCAAGAUCCGAUACCAAAAUAUUAAAGGUCAAGGUCAAAGCCAAACGGAUAUGAAAUGUAACAAACUACUCAACUUUCUAGUAGUCUAUUAAUCAGUUAUUAAUGAUAAGGUGCUGUUCUCAGAUUCAUCUGCAGUUCAAUUUUUUGGUCAAAUGUAAAAGAUGAUUACAACUACAUUUCACAAAAGGGCCAAUAUAAGAGGAAAAAAAUCUGCUAGAUUCAGAUAUUGUAUCUACUAGUUUCCGUGGUUGGACAUUUACUGUUGAAGUCAUUCAUAACACAUGUUCAUCCAUUCUCUUUAUCAAAACCAAAUGUCCUAUUAAUAUUGAAAUAGUUUGAUAAUUUGCUUGGUCCAUUCCCCAUUAAUGUUUUAAUGAUUUAUAUUAUAGAAUUGUUAUGAAAUCGAACAAACAAGGUAAUGCGAUUACCUCCUGUCACAAAAUUGUUUCUCCGUGUACAGAGACAUUUUUCGACUACCUUCCACCACUCACUCUCAGUGAUUUCCACAUACUAAAAAUUAAAUAUACUUUCUCAAAUCAUGCAAAUACAGUCUGCUGUAAAAUUUACCAAGAAAAAACCCUAACUGCCUGUACAUGUAUUAGAAUUUUUCCCAUAGCUAAUUGUCAGAUCAUAAUUUUUCAAUUUUAUAUAUUAGCCUGUAAACUUUCAGUAACAUUCGGGUAGUUUUCUCAUUUAAGUAAUUCAAUUUUUUUAGCGCCAUUACAUGUAAAGGAUGAGCACAAUGUUUUAUACUUUUAGUUUUUGACACGAGUUGCCUGCGUUUGUUCCGCUAUAGAAUCUGAUAAUUUUGUUAGUGUGCAUGUUUUUUUAGGAUAUUUUUCUAUUCUUAAAACUUUUCAUUAUAUCAUUGUAUUCAACCUUACAUGCUUACUCAAGUUUAAAACUGAUUUUGGACAGUACAAGUUUCUGGAUAUGUUAGUUUUCUAGAUAUCUACUCUAAAAAUAUGUUUACCAUUGAACUGUGUUUCCCAUUUUUGAAUUUAACAAAAAAGUUUUUAUGAGUUUUGAGUACUUUUGAACUAUCAGCAAUCUAAUUAAAAUUAGACUUGUAAUUUCCACUCCUCUACGGUACUCUACGAUACACUGCAAUGUAAUUGUAUUGAAGUGUAUUGUAGAGCAUUGUAGAGGAGCGGAAAUUACAAGUCUACAAGAACUAUCAGUAUCCCUCAUCAGAUAUUUGAUUACUAUUUGUGUUUUUUUUUUAUGUUAUGGAAAAACCUAGAGCAAUUUCCUUAAACAGGCAGUGUGAUAAUGCAUGUAUGUAAUGGAUUUGAAAUGUAAAAUACUGUAUUAUAAAAUCAUGUAUUCAAAAUUUGAUACAAAAAAUUCAAGAUUGGUGUAUCGGCCCAAUGUGCUGUCUAUCCAUUGUUCCGUGAAUAACAUAUCCAGACAUUGCCAGUAAACCUAUCCUUGUGUUCAACUAGACUGAAAGUCUGUCAUGUAGGGAAUAGAAAUCUAUCUUCUGAAACUUUUAGAUUAUGAUUACAGGCAAAGUUGGAACAGUGAAUUAUGUUAUCAAGACUGUUUGUCAGAAAUGAUUGUUUGUGUUAUAAGUGAUGUGUGCAAUAUAAAAUACCCUUGGUCAGCUAAUGUGUGCUUUCAGUGCAUUUUCCCCCCAAUAUCAUCAGCCGAGUAAGCAUUGCAAGCCAAUAUUAUAGUAUUUUAGGCAUUGAAACACAACUUGAAUGACCACCAAACUCUUAAGCAAAACUGUUUUUAGUUCACCAUGCCCGAAAAGCUUAUGCCAUCGUGCAGGAUGACGGUCUUCCAACUGUCCAGCAUAAACUUUUCUCUUUUACCAACUUCUUUCUUAUCACCAAGAGGUCCAGAGGCCUGAUUUUAGGCUUGUUGUAUGCUGGGCUCAAGACUAUAAGGUUUGUUCAAAUGAAUGACCUGAGCUAGAUUCAAGGUCAAGGGUCAAAAAUGCUGGAGUAUUGAAAUUACUUCUUCUCGGUAACCGAGAAGCCCAGACACCUAAUAUUGGGCCUGUAGCAUGCUGGGGUGAAGCACUUCCAGGUGUGAAGAACUGAAUUAACUUGAUCUACAUUUAAGGUCAUGGGCCUAAUAUUUCAAAAUGAAGAGGCCCAGAGAUCUGAUGUUGGGCAUGUAUCUUGCUGGGGUGAAGGGCUACCAAGUUUGUUCAAAUGAGGGUUCAGGAUAUGGACCUGGAAAAUAUGGGAUGAAGCUGUUAAAUUUUUAAAAUGAAUUUUCUAGGGAUUCUCUCAUUGAAAUAAAGAGAUAAUCAGCUUAGCAUCCACAUCAAUGGCAUAAAUCAACAUUAAAGUUCCUUUAGUGGCAUUCGAGUGAUUCAGGCCUAUUGGGCCUCUUGUUAAAUAUACAUGUAUCUAAUAAAGUGUCCACAAAGUUGGUAAAGUCAUGUAUCAGUGUAGAGAGACUUGAAUCACUACAUUGCUGCUGCAGGCUUGUUUGUUUGCUGGAUUUAUAACCCUGUGAACAGCCAGGGUCAUUUUAAUGCGAGGUCUCCCUGUAGUACUUGGUGACUACCUCAUUGAACAACAUACAAUAGGCCAGUUUAAUAUAUGCCAAUCGGAGCAAAUAGAAUAGGGUAGAGUUUCUUGCCCAAGGACACCACCACGAAAGCACAGACUCUACCAUUUCUCAGCUUCCUGAGAAACACAAACCAACUCGGGAAGGGAGCGUCAAACCAUGCACCUCAGCUUCACCUGAGGUCAUGUUGCCAGCACUCUAAACAAAUGGAAUAUCGCGGCCCCUGCUGCAGGUAGUUAUAGACAUAAUUUGCAGUCCUUUUUGUCUGCAGAUUGUCAUUUCUGUGUACUGUGGAACCUUGUUAGUCUAGAUCUGCAGACUGUCGUUUUGGUGGAAUGCUAAACCUUGGUCAGUCUACAGACUUGUUACUGUGUACUAUGGAACCUUGCUAUCGGACAAAUAUAAACAAAAAACUGCAGAGUUAAUUUGCACACUGUGCUGUAAUUCGUUUACAUCUUAACAUAAUAAUAUUAACUAGUAUGACAUGAUUUUGAUGCAUCUUGGUCAACAAUUCUACAAAGAAUCAGUUCAAAAUUGAUAUGUUGGCACUCACAAGGUAGGAUUAAUUUGAUAUGGACAAAGAGGCAAUUCUGUGGCAAUUACAAAUUUAGCUUGCAGGGCAUGGCACAGCAUCCCUCCUUUGUCCUUUCUUUAAUUUCCCCGAAAAUUUCUACUAGUGCAGUGGACUUGACCAAAUUGGGUGAAAUAUUGGAACCAAUUUUAUACAAAAGGUGGGACUGGUCCCCCAAUGUAGAGUAUUAAAAGUAGCUAGUCUAAUCCAUGACAGAAAAAUAUGGACGUUUCUGACCAGGCGAGCUAAAAACAAAUCAACAUCUAUGAUAUUGGAAAUGUGUGAGGAUUGUCUUGUAUACUAAGGUUCCACUGUGUAUCUUUAGUUUCCUUCAAUGUUUUUCUCUGACAAUUUCCAUUGUCAUUAGAUAAUUUACAUUAUUGACAUUUUUGCUUUCGUUUAGCUUCUGCUUAUACUAUUCUAAGUGCAGGAGAUCUAGAUAGGUGUUUAAUGGUACGACUGGUGAUGGGAAAUUGUGUAGCUUACCCAACCCAUUUCAGUGACAUACAAUGAGAGGCUUCAAAAAUUUUUGUGUAAAUGAAAAUUACACUGAUAAAUAUGUAUGUUAUGGUAACAAAAAAGGAAAUAAAAUAUUUCAAUUUGA